CUGAAAUUCCCAAAAGUGCAGCGAGUUUCUCGGCGAAGAAGCAUUGGAGUCGGCGAAGGAUCGUGGAGUCGGCGAAGCUCAUCAGUUAUUCCCAGUCCGCAAGCAGUGAGAUGAGGAAUUAAAGGGAGUCCAUCGGUAAUCUCCCUACCCGUCCUGGUUUCGCUUAGAACCAUCGGUGAACGAACCUUCACGAUACAGUCGCCUACCUGGGAAGGGAACGACGUGAUCGGGCUUACAUAGGCCACCGAAACGCCAAUCUUUCUCAUCCUUCCGCUCCGCUCCUACCAGAAACCAGAAGGAUUUAGUCUAAAUCCAGCGUGAAUCCUUCUUAAAUCCGGCUACCAAACAGCCCCUAAGAGGAGAAACUGGAUUCGCUAAAUCCUGGAUUUAAGUUCAUGUUCGCCGUUUGGGCUAAAUACUGCGUAAAAAUGUUGAGCGCAUUUUUAUCUAAAGCAGAAAGGAGGUCUAACAAGCCUUUUAGGUGCGAGCGAAGAAAGCGCGGGGAAAUAUGAAUGGUGCUAAUCUCAAUAGCAGUGGAGAAGAAGAUUACGAUUCUGAAGCAGGGGAGGUUUUCUUAGACGAGGACGAUGUUCUUCACGAGAUCCCCAUCGACGAGGAAGAGCUUCCGGAUCGGGACGAUGAGCAAAUGGAUUCAGAUGUCGAUUAUGAGGAGGUUGAUGAUUCCUUUUAUGCCUUCAAGGGACAUACAGAUGAACUCUAUUCAGUUGCAUGCAGUCCAACAGAUCCAUCUUUGAUAGCUACAGGAGGUAAAGACGAUAGAGGAUUUCUAUGGAAGGUUGGCUCACAAGAUUCAGGUUUAGAGCUUAAAGGUCAUCAAAACACAGUUUCUACAUUGGCCUUUAGUUCUGACGGACAACUCCUUGCAACCGGAAGUUUUGAUGGACUCAUUCAGGUUUGGGAUGCAAAUUUCGGUAGCUUAAAGUGUACGCUUGAAGGCUCUGGAGGGGGUAUUGAGUGGCUAAAAUGGCAUCCUAAAGGGCAUUUGAUACUUGCUGGAUCAGAAGAUUCUAGUGUUUGGCUGUGGAAUGCUGACAGAAGUGUCUCUCUUAACACAUUUUAUGGUCAUGCUAGCAGUGUCACUUGUGGAGAUUUCUCUCCUGAUGGAAAAAUUAUUUGUACCGGUUCUGAUGAUGCCUCACUGAGGAUAUGGAACCCUAAAACUGGAGAUAACAUCAAUGUUAGAGGUCAUCCUUAUCAUACUGAUGGACUGACGUGUCUAUCAAUAACCCAUGAUUCUACUAUUGCUUUAACUGGAUCAAAAGAUAGCUCCGUCCAUAUGGUGAACUUAGCAACCGGCAAGGUGAUUAGCUCUUUGAUCUCACAUUCUGACUCCGUCGAGUGCCUUGGCAUCUCUCCGAGUUCUAACUGGGCUGCUACUGGGAGUUUGGAUCAAAAGCUAAUUAUCUGGGAUGUUGAGCGUUCUUCUCCUCGAUGCAUUUGUGAACAUGAUGAUGGGGUUACAUGCCUGUUAUGGCUCGGCACAUCGCGAUACGUCGCGACCGGAUCGAUAGAUGGAUUGGUUCGCAUUUGGGACAGUCUCUCCGGCGGCUGCGUCCGUACCUUUGGCGGUCACGUCGACGUGGUUCAAUCCUUAGCUGUGACUGCAGAUCAAAGCUCUCUUGUUUCUGUUUCGAAUGAUGGCACCGCCCGGGUCUUCAGGAUCUCUGAAUUCAGAUGAAUGAGAAUGGGACUAUUUCUACAUUAUAAUUUUAGGGGAAUUUACAUGAAUAGCACACAAAUCUUAUUUAUUUAAAAUCUCACC